AUGUACACGAAAAGAAUACCGACGUUAAGUUGUGUAUCUAGAGUCUUUGAACUCUUUCGAAGAUUGCCAGCGAAAUCCGAAUUUAAUGCAAGCAAUUCUCCUUUUAAAAGACAGCAUUCUUUGACUUUGUGUAACAACAGACAUCUCGUUGUCGGCGGUAAAGUCACCUUUUACAGCAGAUGCUUUCGUACAUACAGUCGUGAUUUUCGGAAGCCUGAUUUAAGAUUAGGAACUGGAUGUUUUUCGCUUGUGACUGCUAAUUAUUAUAUUAAUGCAAGGAGUUAUGUUACUGUGCCCCAGUCUGCAGUUGGUGCUCCUGUUGUAGGCCACCCCAGUCUAAAACCAAGAGGUGGCUGGUCAUCUAGAUGCUGUUGUUACUCUACAACUGUAACUGCGGAUGGGAGGGAUAAAUCAGAGGAGUUGCGUUUGGAGAUGUUGGCGAAGAAGAUAAUAGAAGCAGCCAGGAAGAGAGAUGUUAUGGCAGGCAGUGUGCCACUCAAGAAGGUUGUGGCUCUGCUGGAAACCCUGCAUCGCCAGGGAUUCACCUUGCAGCCAAUCUCCAACAUCCUGAGCCAGCAGGUGCAGUUUCUUCUUGACCUCGACAACAUGACCCCGCUAACAGAACUUCUGCUGUCACAUGGCCUCAGAAUUAGCUCCAUUGUUCUAUUUUUGGAAAAAGUGCCUUUCACUGAAAAGAACACCUCUCUUAAACAAAUGAAGAUUUCAGUUGAUGAUUCCAUCAAGCUUUUUAGAACUAUAGGAUUCAAGGAAAGUGAUAUUUCUACAUUUCUUUCAACGGAACCUAGAGUUUUAUUAACUAACAGCAAGAUUCUGAGUUCUGUCAUAUCUCAGCUAAAGGGAUUAUUUUCAAUGUCAGAUGUACUUUAUGUUUUAAAAUGUUCUCCAAAUGUUUUUUGCGAUCCUUGGAUUGAGACGAGAAAAAAAUUUGAUUAUGUUUACUUUGAAAUGGGCUACAAGCAGGCAGCCAUAUUGAAUUCAUUUAUGUUCCAACACUCAGUAGAUCACAUUGAGGGUAGACACAAGUUUCUUCUUCGAGCCGGGUUUUUCCACGAUGUGAGGGAAAAGGAUGACCCCAAAAUUAACCCAAACCCACCUCUGAGUGAUGUUGUUGACACACCGGCUGCAAUGUUUGCUAAAAAGUUUGGGGGUUUCCGGGUGGAGGAAUACGAGACUUUUCUUGAAAUGAGGGAAGUUGAGAGAGAAGAGGAGCAUGAUAUCAGCAGUGAAUCAGAUGAAGAAGAAAAUGAGGAGGAAGAGGAAGAGGAGGUGGAGGAGACCCAUAAGAAAAAGAAGAAGCAUUUGAAACGUAAAUAG